AUGCCGAAGAAAGGGGAAGAGAGAGAACUUUCUCAAGAGUUUAGCUGGAAGUUAUAUGUGGAUGGAGCAUCAGGCGCUGAGGGCAGCGGCGCUGGGAUAAUGCUUAAGGGGCCGGAGGACUUCAAAGUGUGUUAUGCCUUGCGACUAGAAUUCAAAGCUUCUAAUAACGUGGCUGAGUACGAAGCCCUGGUGAAUGGGAUGUUAGUAGCUUCAGAGAUAGGGGUAACCAAUCUCGAGGUAAAUAGCGAUUCUCAGCUAGUGAUCAAUCAAGUGAUGGGAGUGUAUCAGGCCAGGGACCCCAUCAUGCAAAGCUACCUUGAUAAAGUAAAAGCUUUAGAAGCCGAGUUCACAAGUCGAGGAAUCAACAUCAAGUUUCAAAGAAUACCUCGAGAAGAAAACGAGGAGGCAGACCUGCUGAGUCGGUUGUCCAAAGUAGAGCUAGAGCAGCUCCCCGAUGACGUGUACAUACAGCACGUUCAUACCCCUGCUUUCGAAAAGGCUAGCACGGUACUGCAGGUAGAACUGAGCUCGAACUGGAUGACCCCAUAUCUAAUGUACCUGGAGAAGGGCGAGCUCCCCGAGGAUAAAGACGAAGCCAGAAAAACAGUAGCUCGAGCCGCCAACUAUCAGGUAAUAAGGGGAACCCUGUAUAGAAAAGGGAAAUCCAGCCCGUGGCUCCGAUGUGUGAGUCCGGAAGAAGCCACAAAGGUAAUGGAAGAGAUUCACAAAGUUCCUGAAAUGAAAAUGGGUCAGCUCAAAAUUCUUGAAAAUGUGAUGUUACCUCUAAGGCGUCUAGAUGGUGCGUUGAAGAUCCUUCUGGUGAAACAAAUACCAAGGUAUGCUAAAUUUCUCAAAGAGCUAUGCACCAAUAGGAGGAAACUUGCUGAACGUGAAAAGGUAAGUGUGGGGGAGUGUGAUGAGUGCAAACCUGUUCGUGAGGCACAAAGAAGGCUGAAUCCACCUAUGAUGGAGGUUGUAAAGAAGGAGAUUGUGAAGCUCCUAGACAGUGGGGUAAUCUACCCCAUUUCUGACAGUAAAUGGGUGAGUCCCAUCCAUGUGGUACCAAAGAAGACCGGGAUUACCAUUGUCCCUAAUUCUGAAGGAGAGCUAGUACCCACUCGUGUACAAAAUGGGUGGAGAGUUUGCAUGGACUACAGGAAGCUCAACACAGCCACAAGGAAGGACCACUUUCCCUUGCCCUUCAUGGACCAAAUGCUUGAGAGACUUGCUGGAAAAAGCCAUUACUGCCUCCUAGAUGGAUAUUCGGGGUUUUAUCAAAUCCCCGUUGCACCAGAAGACCAAGAGAAGACCACUUUCACAUGCCCAUUUGGCACAUUCGCAUUUAGGAAGAUGCCCUUCGGUCUUUGUAAUGCACCAGCCACUUUCCAAAGGUGCAUGAUGAGCAUUUUUUCUGACUAUGUGGAGAGGAUCAUUGAAGUCUUCAUGGAUGACUUUACGGUGUAUGGCAACUCAUUCCAUGAAUGCCUAGCCAACUUGGAGAAGAUACUUCAAAGGUGUUUGGAGACAAACUUGGUUCUCAACUAUGAGAAGUGCCACUUCAUGGUCAGCCAUGGCUUAAUCUUAGGCCAUAUUGUUUCAGCAAAAGGGAUUGAGGUGGACAAAGCCAAAAUUGACACCAUCAAAAAUCUGCCCUACCCAACCAGCAUUAGAGAGAUUCGAUCAUUCCUUGGACAUGCUGGUUUUUACAGGAGGUUUAUCAAGGAUUUUUCUAAAAUAACUCAGCCUCUUUGCAGAUUGUUACAGCAGGAUGUACCCUUCAACUUUGAUGACAGCUGCAAAUCAGCCUUUGAUUUGAUCAAAUCACUCCUAAUUUCUGCCCCAGUCAUCCAGCCACCUGAUUGGACCCUUCCAUUUGAGAUCAUGUGUGAUGCCAGCAACUUUGCUAUAGGUGCAGUAUUGGGACAGCGCAUAGGUAACUCUCCUCAUGUCAUUCACUAUGCCUCACGCACCCUAGAUGCUGCACAAUGCAAUUAUUCCACCACGGAAAAAGAGUUGCUGGCUGUUGUGUUUGCAUUGGAGAAGUUUAGACCCUACCUACUUGGUACAAAGGUGAUUAUAUACUCAGAUCAUACUGCACUAAGGUAUUUAAUCAAGAAAAAGGAGUCCAAACCUAGGCUGGUGAGAUGGAUAUUGCUGUUACAAGAGUUUGACUUGGAGAUCCGUGACAAGAAAGGCAAGGAGAACCUUGUGGCUGAUCACCUCAGCAGAAUUCUGACCGAGAUAGAGACAUGCCCCAUCAAUGAGAACUUCCCUGAUGAGCACCUCUUUUCUGUCCAAGAAGAGGAACCAUGGUAUGCUGAUAUUGUUAAUUUCCUUGCCAUAGGUGAUUUGCCCACUGAUUUGCCCAAACACAUAAGAGACAAGAUCAAGAAAGAGGCAAGGUAUUAUGUGUGGGAUGAGCCUUACCUAUGGAAGCAUUGUGCAGACCAAGUCAUAAGGAGAUGCAUCCCAAACCAUGAAACAAAUGGGCUGGCUGAAGUGUCAAAUAGGGAGAUCAAGUCCAUCUUGGAGAAAACGGUCUGCCCAAAUCGCAAGGACUGGAGUACACGCCUCAAUGAUGCCUUAUGGGCAUAUAGAACAGCAUAUAAAACUCCAAUUAGGAUGUCUCCAUAUAGGCUGAUUUAUGGGAAAGCAUGCCAUCUACCUGUAGAACUUGAACAUAAAGCCUAUUGGGCUGUGAAGAGCUGCAAUCUUGAUGAAAAAGAGACUGGAGUUCAUAGAAAAUUGCAAAUACAAGAGCUUGAGGAGAUUCGGCGUGAUGCAUAUGAAGCUUCGUGGGAUUACAAAGCAAAGACCAAAGCCUUCCAUGACAAAAAUAUCUCCAGAAAACACUUCCAGGUUGGUGAUAAGGUCUUACUUUUUGAUUCCAGGUUCAAAUUAUUCCCUGGAAAGCUUCGGUCUAGGUGGAUUGGGCCAUUCUUGGUUGAGCAUGUUUAUCCACAUGGAGCUGUUGACAUACGGAGUCCAUAA